AAUAUAAAAGCAACUUAUUGUCACUGGAAGCUGAUCAGUAGAGUUACUAAAAAACUGUAACAAUAAUAAGCACCAAAAAUGAGUAAAUUAUUUUUAACAUUUAGUGUUAUUUUCCUCCAAGCUUUCACAGCAUUGGCUAGCGUGGAUGAACCAGUUCCAUGGUUAAUUUGGGCUGCAACUGAUCCUGCUGAAGAUGCUGAAGCCGCAAAAAUAAAUGCAACCAAAUUUUACGAGUUUGGUCAGGAACAUCUUUACGAAUUGGCGGAGUACUACAAAAAUAAUGACGUUGUCGCUGCAUCGAUACUCUUAGCUACCAAUGGUAAAGAAUCUGGUACCGAUGGUGUUAAUUGGGCAGCUGUUAUGGCCAAACUUGCAUUUAAAAGAGCCGUCGGAGCCUCGGAAGAUGCAGAACAUGGUCUUCCUUCACUUGUUAUAUGGGCGAUUCGGAAUACUGGAUCAGGAACUGAAUAUCCUUCAGUUGAUGAACACAAAUUGGUUAAAUACAUUCUGUCUCGUAAGGCUGAUUGUUUGAGAUACAUUUACAAUGGAGAUGUUGAUGGUUUAAUUGAAUUCCUUGAACAAACCAAGUCUGAAUCAGGAUCUGAAAGUAUUGAUUGGAGAACAAUUAUACUUGGUCUUACAGAGAAUCGACAACUCUUUGAAUAUUCAUGUGGCAUCUUAAAUCUUCAACUGUGUAAUAGAUUGCCUAAAUAAAAUAUUAAUAUCAACAAUAAAUAUCAAAUCUUGUUGAUUUUUGGCUGCUUUUAUAACUUGACUUCGGCUGAAAUCGGAUUAAAACCAACAUUUGUUUCACUUAAAAAAAUUAAAUCAUGAUAUUUUGUAAUAA